CGUUGCCUCUAAACAUUGAUAGGUGACAUUUUUUCCACAAAUUACGAGAAGAAAUUAAUUACGAGGAAUCAUUUGUGAACUGUUAUGGUUGCGUCUUCGAUUUUAGGAACCCUAAGCUUGCGUUUUAUGUUUUGUUUAAGUAUAGUUUGCGUAUAUAAAGUAUAUUUCAAUUUUGUUUACGUUAGUAUAGUGCUCGGAGUGAGUAUAUAAUUUCGCGCAAACUAUAAUCGAAGCAUGUCCUUGUCACACACUGUUGUUUUCCUUGUCUAGCGUCAUUAGACAAGAAGAGCAACAGUGCGCGACAAGGACAGACAUGUCUGUACGGUAGACAAGGAGAGCAACAGCGUGCGACAAGGACAAACAUAUUUGCGCGGCAAACAAGGAGGGCGAUAGCGUGGAACAAGACCAGACAUAUUCGUGUGAUAGACAAGGAGAGCAAUAUAAAUUAGUUCCGGCGCCUAUCCUAGGGAUGGUAUUCACGAAUUAGAGGCAAAUAAUUUUUACAAUCUGAAAUUUGUCUUAAAUUGGAUUUUAAAAAUGUGCGAAGUUCUUGUAUUAUUUAAUGGUCACUCGACGAAAUUUGACGAUGAAAUAAUGAAAGCUAAUUGUUCUUGUACAUUAAUAAAGGCAUCAAAGAAUAUUAUCGUUGAUACUAUGACAGCUUGGGAUCGAGAAAAAAUAAUACAAGCACUUAUUAAACAUAAUAUUACACCUGAAAGGAUUGAUUAUGUAGUAUGUACUCAUAGUCAUGCCGAUCAUAUAGGAAAUAAUAAUCUUUUUGUACAUGCAGAACAUAUAAUUGGAACUUGUGUCCACCGUGGUGAAUUAUUUUUCAAUAAAAAUUUUAAAGACGGAUAUCAAAUUUGUCCAGAAGUUAAAGUUAUAGCAACCCCUGGUCAUACACCAGAUGAUAUUACAGUUUUAGUUGAAACUAUAGUUUCUGAAAAAUCUACAUGUUUUGCUAUUACAGGAGAUUUAUUUGAAAAAGAAGAAGACAUAUUAGAUCCAACAAUUUGGCAAGAAUUAGGAACUACAGAAUUACAAAAAACCCAGUCACGUAUGAGAUCUUAUGUAAUAGACAUGGCAAAUUUCAUAAUACCUGGACAUGGGCCCAUGUUUACUGUCACUGACGACAUGAGAAAAAUGAUUAAAAGUCAAAUAAUUGUAUAAUAUUGUAAUGUAUUAUACAUGUAUAAAAGUCUAUUUUUUUCAUUUUUGUAGGUCUGUACACUCUAUAGAAAAAUUUUAUUUAUUUAUAAUAUUCAAUUAAAUUUUAAAUAUUUUCAUUUUGUUUUUACAAAUACUUUAUUAAACACUGUAAAGUGUAGUACAUAGUAUCACAACAUUAUUAUUCUAUAUAUGUAUAUAUAGAAUAUAUAUAUAUAUAUAUAUAUGUAUACAUUGCAAUGAUUAUUACAUAUUUUUCAAUUCACAACUGUAUAGAAAAAGAGCAUUUUAAGAGCUAUGGGCUAAUCCUGCUUGUUAUGCAAUAUCGUAGUAAGUUAAUUAGUUUUAUGUAUGAUUAAAAUAAUUUACUAAUUUAAAUACAGGUAAUUGUAAA